GAUACUAAUUCUCAGAAGACUUGCCAUUUCCACAUUAUCAAAAAUUCCCACAUUCAACUCCACAAUGGAUACUAAUUUUCAUCAAAACCCUAACCCUAAUCAAGAAAUUACCAAUCAGCAGUUUGAUGAUUCAUUACAUUUUGAAGUCUCAGAUUAUUACACGUUUGAAGAUGGCUUUGAAGAAGAUAUUUUCUCGAAAAAUAUGGUCAUCCCAGCUGAAAACAUCGUCAAUGAAACUUCGAAUUCAAGUCGAGUGGCGAAUAACAUGUUACAUAGAACAAGAGAGAAGAAAUACAAGUCGCAGAGCGAGUUUAGGUUCGUGUUUAUAACCAAAUCAAAUAUGGAAAUCAUGGAUGAUGGAUUUAAGUGGAGAAAAUAUGGGAAAAAGGUGAUCAAGAACAGCCCGAAUCCGAGGAACUACUUUAAAUGCUCAAAUGAUGGGUGCAAUGUGAAGAAAAGGGUGGAAAGGGAUAGGGAAGACCCAAGAUAUGUGAUAACAACCUAUGAAGGAGUGCACAACCAUGAAAGCCCCAAUUAUGUGGUCAAUUGCAAUAACCAAAUGCCUACUCAUGAAUGGACUUUACACCAACCUUCAUCUCUCUCUUUCUCUUCUGCUUCUGUACUGUAACUAUGACUUGUUCAGUGCCAUGGAUCUGUUGAGGACUAUCGAUUUGGCCGCUGCUAUCGACUGACCCCUAGUCAAAGGUGGCAGAUGGUUUCACUUUCGGCGGAAAACUUUUUUUCCUGUGGAAAGCACUGUCACAGAUAGUUCUUUUUCCUUGCCUUGGAACUGGAACAAUAUAAUAUAAAGAAGAAUAAUCUGUUGCUAGAUUUUAUAAUAUUAAAACAGGAACUUAAUUCUGGUAUAUUGAUGUUAUAGUUAUUAUGACUUUUUACAAUUAGAAUUUGUAAGGAAAGAUAAUAUUCCCACAUCUUCCUCUUUAGAAUCCUCAAACUAUGGUUCUUAAUUGCGUGAUUGUAUAUAUUUCAUGUGUUUUAGUUCUUCA